UUACAGUUGGUAAUAUUAAGCAAUUUGAAAAAAUAGUUGAAGCCUAUCCACAAAAUACCAUGGGUAUUAUUGUAACAUCAUCCCAAAAAAGAUACUCAUUCAAUAGUUCGAAAUGUGCAAAGUCUUCAAAGUCUUCAGCUAGUAUUUUAUUUACAAGUGUCAAUGAAAUGGCAACUGAUAUUCUGGCAUACUUUUUAUUAAGAAAGAAUUAUCAAUUUGAUUAUCAACAUAAACUUAUCGAAAAAUUUGAAAAAUUUGAAAAAAGAAUUAUAAUCUUGUUAAUUUUUUUAUUACUGAUGAUGGGAUAUUCAGUUAG